CCGGGCUUCUUCCUAAGGCUCUCCCGCAUAGGCCGAGUUGACGCCAAGGGUCUUGCAUGUAUCGCACAUUAGUUUCCUUGAAGGCGAUCAACAGUAGUGAUCAUAAUCGCUGUCAAUGUGCGGAUCAAAGCUGAUCUCGUCAGGCGCAUACGGUAUUAACAGGCUGCCGGUGGAUAGAUGGCACUCCCUGAGAAUAGUGUUGCGUGAAAUUUACUCUCCAACUACGAAACAAGUAUGCGUAUCUCAACAUGUUGAACGGUCAUGUUAAUUACAGCUAUCGGGAAGUUUGAUCGACGCUUACUAAGGGCUACUAAUGUACUUGGUAAGCGAAGCACGUGGAUACGAUCAAGCAACGGUUCAGCAGCGUUGGCUUGGUCAUUCAUCUUGAGCAAACCAUGUCAACCAACAGAACUUUCUGUCGGAUUGCACCCAGGCCUGACUAUAACAGCUUAUCUUCUUCUUUGAGUUUAAGCCAAAGCGGUCAAGAAACGACACUUUAUGUAUCAUGUGACUGGAAUUCUGUUAAUAGUGCUUCGCGAAGCACUGCCGUCGCGUUUGAGUUGGGGAUUACAGAUGGCACGAUCGUAUGGCAACGAGCAGUCACCAUGGCGGAUCUACGACGAUGUCAACCUGAAGAUAUUUCUGAAGAUGACUAUCUGAUGGCUACCAAAGCAGCUUUCGCAGGGCAGUCUGAUCACAAAGGACAAAAAACUGGAUGCUCAGUGAAUACUGGAGACUUCACUGCUGAGCUGUCCUGGUUUUUAAUAUUAGAUGGUGGAAUCAAGUUUGCGCUUGGCAGAAUAUCUCUGCCGUCUGUGUUAAAGGAGGAAUGUAACGCAAUAUGGAUAAAAUGGAUCGAUGAAUUGAUAAUCGAUCGACAGGAGGCCUCGGAUCGAAUCCAGAAAUUGGAGGCAAAAGUUAAAGAUCUGCAACAACAGCGAGCAGAGGUGUUGAAGGAGCAUGAUGUUUGGGUGAAAGAAAAGCGUGAAAAGGUUGAAAAGACAAUCUACAAAAAGUUCAAGGAGGUGCUGAAUGCAAAGAAAGGCAAAAUACGGGAUCUAAUGAAAGCUAAUAAAGAACUCGCAAUGCGAAUCGCAACCUCGGAGGAGGCGCUCAAGGUAGCUGCAAGUCGAGCCAUCGACGCAUCAAACACCGUAGAGCACGAAGGGGUAGAUCGGGCCUUACACCCCAAUCGGUUCAAUGAAGCAGGCUCCCAUUUGGCGGAAUCUGGAGAAUCAAGUUCUGAUACGAGCGUUGACGCCAUUGUGGGUCGGCCAGCGAAAAGGAAGAGAGGAGAGGACGGCAGUCAUGACGCAAGGCAACAGCGGACACGCCAAUCAACAAGCUCUACCACCGCACCAUCUCAUGGAGAACAAUUAACAGUCACAGCGCAAAAGGGCGAAGCAGAUAAAGUAAUCUCUGCUAUUAGCUUAGAUGACUCUGAUGAUACGGACGAGGGACCACCGGCUUUAUUGGGUAAUUUGGGUCUCCCAGAUUUGAGAGGCAAUGUGUAUCGGACGACGUCAAGAAGAUUGGCACGUCCUGUGAUGCCGUCAGCAGAAGCGGGAAAACCACCCGCAGCGGUCUUUCGGACACCGACUGCCAUCGAGGGACGCCAGUCACGAACCGAUCGCAGGACGGGAUCGCGUGCACCAUCCAAUCUUUCAGAACAGGAUUCGCCCGAAUCGCUGCUACGAAAGAUUUAAGUGAUAGGUCUGCUUAAAUUAAAGUCGGGAAUUUCAUCUUGCACUGCAGCUUUCGUUGGUAAGGUAUCAUACUCUUCUGAAAAUAAUAAUAUGUAUAUACAAUGUUAACCUGUCCUCUUGGCAUCAGUCAAUGUCCAUGGGCCGCACCCCUAGAUCCCGGUUGCCGUUGGUAGGCAAGUCGGUUGGAGCAGUGGGGGAUGAUUCUGCGGCAAGCACUACUGUUACCAAGAGUUUACUUUUCCGCCAUGCAGACAACUUGUAUACCUGGUGGUGAUCCCUCGAUAAUCUCUUUUUCCUCAGUAACAGACGGUACUCCAUUUCCUUGUACAAUUUCCAUUGGGCUAUCACGUAUCACGCUAAAAUGCAAAGGACUAUCGGACGACGUAACCAGUAACACCUUGUAAUAAAGAAUUUAGUUAGAAGCUCGG